AUGCUACCUCGGCAACAUUUUCGCCCUGCCUCUUCAUUCCCGUUUCGCUUGACUGACCCUCUACGUCACGUUGCCGAACACACGCCCACAGACAUUACUGACAUCCGUCACGUCACAAGACUGACUGGUCAACCGAUCGAAAGACUGUUCGACGAGUACCCCGACCGUCUUCCAGACCGACCUACCGACCGACCUACCGACCGACCGAACGAACGACCGAAUGAUAAAAGAGACAGACUUACAAAGCGAGCCUUGGCUUCGGUAGUGCAUGUGACAAGCUCGGUAGAUGUGCGAGGAUGGAAAGAGAGAUUUGGUGUGAAAACAGGCCCGCUUCUUGCCGGAGUUGUCUCUAACCCGAGAACCCACCGGCAGACGCGUUGUUCUGUCUCCAUGCUACCCCCUCACCCUGGCGCAGCGUCGCCGCUGCCCCCUCCCCCUCCUUUGAAGUCUCCAAGGCAGGAGGCCAGCCGCCUUGGAGAACCGCAUCUCUGCACCGGCUGUCGCCAGGCCGCGUCACCUCUUCGACGCGAAAACGUGGAGCCGCAGUCGACCAGUCGUCAUGUCAACAUGUGGGCCAGGCGUGUGUACGUGUGCGUCUGCAACAGUCCGACCAACCAGGCAGCCAGACUGCCUCGGCGCCAGACAUAA